GAGAACCGAGGAGAAGCGGCAGCCAACCUGCGAGGUCCGCACAUCAUGCCAGCGCCUAAGAAAGUGUGUGUGGUCGGCUCUGGCAACUGGGGCUCUGCCAUUGCCAAGAUUGUGGGUGCCAACGCAGCAAAACAUGACACGUUCGACACAACGGUGAACAUGUGGGUCUUCGAGGAAAUGGUGAAUGGACGUAAACUUACAGAAAUCAUCAACACAGACCACGAAAAUGUCAAGUACCUGCCCGGUCACAAGCUGCCCCCUAACGUGUUGGCUGUCCCGGACUUGGUGGAGGCUGCGAAAGGAUGCGAUAUCCUCAUCUUUGUGGUCCCUCACCAGUUCAUCACCAGAGUCUGCGACACCAUCAAAGAUCACAUCAAGAAGGAUGCAGUGGGAAUGUCCCUCAUCAAGGGUGUUGAUGAGGGUCCAGAAGGUCUGAAGCUGAUCUCGGAGGUCAUCCGUGGAAAGCUCGGGAUCACCAUGACGGUUCUCAUGGGAGCAAACAUCGCCAACGAGGUCGCCGAGGAAAAGUUCUGCGAAACUACCAUCGGGUGCAAGGACAAAGUAAACGGGCCCGUCCUGAAGGAGCUGAUGCAGACGACUAACUUCCGUGUGACGGUGGUGGAAGAGUCUGAUGUGGUGGAGAUCUGUGGGGCUCUUAAGAACAUCGUGGCGGUCGGAGCAGGUUUCUGUGACGGCCUGGGGUUCGGCGACAACACCAAGGCCGCCGUGAUCCGUCUGGGCCUGAUGGAGAUGAUCGCCUUCGCCAGGCUGUUCUGCACAAACUGCCCCGUGUCCCCCGCCACCUUCCUGGAGAGCUGCGGCAUUGCCGACCUCAUCACGACCUGCUACGGUGGACGCAACCGCAAGAUCGGGGAAGCGUUCGCCAAAACAGGAAAGACCAUCGAGGAGCUGGAGAAGGAGAUGCUGAACGGUCAGAAGCUCCAGGGUCCGGCAACUGCAUCCGAGGUCAACCACAUCCUGAAACACAAAAACAUGGUGGAUAAGUUCCCUCUCUUCAAUGCCGUUUACCAGAUCUGCUUCAACGGCCACCCCGUCUCAGAGUUCAUCAACUGUUUGCAAAACCACCCCGAGCACAUGUGACGGGCCAGCGGGCGGACGGACGCCGGAAACGGACUUUCACGUUAGACGUCGACUCGGUUCACGACAGGUGGAGCGGGGCUACGUCUUUAUCCUCUCCUGCGUGAAUCUCCAAAACAAAACCACCGAAAAAAAAACAAAAAAAAAGAAGAAAGAAAA